AUGGCGCACGUAGCUGACUUUUAUAACAAAAACGGUUACUUUUCUGGAAUCGCAGUUUUAUCAGCGGAAGAAGUCGCCAAUUUACAGACACACUUUGGACAACUCGAAGAAAACACAGGUAAAGAUGAUGCCCAGUACUCUCUCCAUAAUGUCCAUCUGAAUCACCCUUGGGUAAUGGACAUUGCCUCACAUCCUAAAUUGCUGCACUCAGUCCGGCAGAUCCUUGGUCACAACAUCAUCCUUCUCGACUCGCGAUUCAUCUGUAAAUAUCCAGAAUCAGAAGUGCUCCAGCCCCACGGGACUAAGCCAUACGUGGCGUGGCAUCAGGACAUCAGGUACUGGGGCGUGGAGGGUGAAGUUGUAACCGCAUGGCUAGCGGUGGAUGACGCUGACCAGGAGAAUGGAUGCAUGUGCGUCAUACCGGGUACACACACUUUGGGGAUACUUGAGCACAAGGUUGCCGAGGAGAAAGGCAACAUGUUGACAUCCAACCAGUCCAUACCGACGCACCUUUUUGAUGUCACGAAGUCUACGCCGUGUCCAGUCAAAGCUGGACAAAUGUCACUUCAUUCCGGCCUCCUUGUACACGGAAGUGACCCAAACAGAUCCAAUCGCAGGCGAUGUGGUUACGUCAUCAGAUAUGUUUCCACGGAUGCCAAGCCAAUCAAAGAUCCUAACAGACCUAGAUCAUUCCCAGCAACCGUUGUCAUAAGUGGCUACGACGAAUAUAAACAUUUUGAAGACCACUGUCCCGUAGGGUUCUCUAAUCAACCUGUGGCCACUUAG